ACCAUAGUGCAACUAUAGUUUAAAAAAGUUACUAAGAAGGAGAAGAAGAAUACUGCAGUAGCGUCAAAUGCACGUCAAAUGUCACUUGUCAGUGACGUCACGCAGUUGCUGGUCGUGUUCUCAUUAUUUUUAUUUCGUAAUUUCCAGAAAACUUGUAUUUUUUAGUUCUUUUCCUAUGAAUACACUUCAUUUUUAGAUUGAAACAAAAUGGAUAAUCAAUACUAUUAUAAAUUGAUGGCAAGUUACUUGUCGAAACGAAAUUGCGAUGAAUCCUUCAUGAGGUAUUUUUUUGGUAAGAAUGCAACAAAGAAAACCCCAGAAGAACUGGAACGCGCCGACGAAAGGAAACGUAGACUUCAACGAGAACGAUCACGGAGAUAUCGAGCAUUAAAAAACGCACGUAGGCAACACGAGAGCACGCGCGACAGCACCGAUAACGAAGGCGGAAGGAGCAAGUCCCGCGGAGUGUCUAUCGACGAGGACUUGAGCGACGGGGACGAGCUCCCAACCCUCUGCGACCUCAACUACGAUGACAAGUGGAGAGAACAAGCUUCUUCGGAUUGUGCGUCCGACGACAACUCGGCCCAAUCGUCCGCUGAACUCAAAGAAGCCGCGCUCUCCGGUAAUGUGACUUUGAAUCUUAAAGAAUUUCUGAGCUCGCCUAAUGCAGACUUAGAUUACCCAACUGUUCACAGCCUAAUGUUCCAUUGGCUUCAGACGUAGCAUUGUCAUUGAUGAUACUUUACCACAAAAAACACAAAUUGGUCCAUAUCACAAAAAUACUUAAAUUGGCAGCACAAAUUAAUAGCGAUUAUUUUUAUAGUAUCAUUACAAAGGAAUUGCUAAAUCUUGAGAAUUACACAUAUCAAGAGUUAGGAGUACUGCUUAUUUACAUAAUGUCACAAGAGUUAAAAGAACCGUCCUGCUGUAGCUAAGAUGUUAAAUCUUGUAUGUGAACUAGGUUGUUAAUUUUUUGCUUAAUUCAAAAUUUUAUUCAUAUAAAAUUACAAUAAUUCAUAGAAAUGUGAAACUCCCCAGGUCACUUGUUUGUUGUUAUUCCACAAUGUUGCAAAUACUUUUAUUCAUAAUAUGUUGAAUAAGAUGUGUCAACAAAUUAAUUAUUUCAUGUGUUGAGCCGAAAUUGAAGGUUUGAGUUAAAAGAUUUACUUUGCACCACACAUUAAGUAGUUACAUCUAAUUUCUAAUAUUGAUAUUCAUCUAUUGCUUGGUAAUAUUUUAUCUAUUUCUGUCCAUGAUAUUGUCAUAAAUAUAAAAAAUAUAAAAAAAAUACUUCGAACGGAACAUGAGUUUGUAACAUCAUCAUUCAGUAUAACAAAUUUUGUAGAUGGUGUGCUGUUGUGUCCUCAGACACAGAACAGAUUAUUAUAGAAGUUUCCAAUAGACAAUAAGUUGUUAAGUUGCCAUAUCCUAAUGUUUAGAUACUCAACUAUUAUUAUACAUAUUCAUAAAGAAUUUAGAUUAUAUAUAUACCUAUAGUUUGUGAUACAAUGAAUUUACAUUAUGUGUGAAGUUUACUAUAUUGAGAAAUAUUUUAGGCAUAAAUAAACUCUUGUGUCUAUGAUUACCCUAGAAAAAAUAUGUGAAUGUUGAU